UAGAGCGGAAGAAGAAGAUGCGGGACCGAUCGGCCGCGGCGGAGCAGGACUUGGGCCGCGAAGACUCCAUCAUGGCCGCGCCGUGGCAGGAAGCCGCCGCCGCCGCCUGGCAGCACCAGCCACAGCAGCCUUCCGCCGUCGUGUCGUCCACGCUGCAGAACGGCGACGACCGCGACGGCGUCAACGCCGCCGACAACGACCGAGUCAGCAGGGUGUCCACGGUGGCGCAGGCCGGCAGCGAGUACCGCGUGCUGCCUUCCACCACCGAGAGCGCGCAGGGGAUGACGCUGCGUUCGGAAUCGAGCGCGACGCAAAAUGCGAGAAGCGGUCAAGGUCACAAAGGCGGCCACCACAAACGACGCCGGAACGUGGACAAGGGCGUCGAAGCAGCCAUAGUCACGCCGGCCACGAACAAGCUUAACCUGCACAACCCCUGCUCCACGACCGUGUUCUGCGCCGUCCUGCUCCUGCCGCUGGUGCUGCUCGGCGUGUCGCUGACCUUGCUCGCAGUGCGAGGAGGCGGGGCCCGGCGCGCGGCCCAGGCGUUCGCCGGCAUCUCGAACACGCUGCACGGUCUCUGCGUAGACGGCGCCGAGGACGACAGAAAUCGCAGCGCCCUCUGUCGCGAGACCCUGAAACGACUGUCGCACUCCAUGAAGGCGGACGCCGACCCCUGCGACGACUUCUACGAGCACGUCUGCGGCAACUGGAAGCCCCGGUACCCCAACCGGCCGUCAUACCUGAAGGAGCACCUGGAGUCCUUCAACAUCCUCGUCCACGAGACACUGCUCAGCCUGGCUACCAGCGCUCCUCCGCACUGGGUUGUGCGACUAGCAGCAGCCGUCCACCAGAUGGCGGUCUUCCACAACAGCUGCUACGCGAUGGCCACGGGGCAUGAUCGGGGCGGCGACCCGGCCGACGUGGCCACGGCGCUCGGCGAGGACGUCAGCUCGUGGGUCCACGUGGUCUCGCACGAAGCGCUCCUCCACCUCGCAGUGAGAACAGCCCAGGACACUGGUCUGCCCUCGUUUAUCAGCGUCACCACGGAAGGAGGUACGAAGUACAUAGACGUAGGGGAGACCCUGCAGUCCACCCUGCGUUUCCCACACAAGGUCAGCGAGUUCCUGGUGCAAACACUGGAAGCGUUCAAAGUGAAUUUCAAAUUCCACUUCUACCGGCUCUUCGAGCUGGACAGAGACAUGACCAGGAUAUUGGAGUCGUCAGCUAAGAAAGUGCGAAUGACGACGCGACGGGAGUCCACCCGUUCGUCAAGCCGCAUCCCUCCGACGACGGAUGCUCUUCGUUCACUUGGCAAUUCGACCAGCCAGAUCCUGGUCAACUUCCGGGGCGACCCCGCAGCACUCGCCGCCAUUGGCAGGCUGCGGUCAGAACCUCUGUCCACUGCGGGUCUUUACGCUCUCGGCGUGCUGCUGGCGCAGGUGAUUAAGUACCGCCUGCUGCUCCGAGAGCUGUACGUUCCGAACCGGGCCGACAACGUUCGCUGGUGCCUGCAGCUGACGGCCGAGCACUUCGGGCCGGUCUACGCCGACUGGGUGGCGCGCAAGUUCCAGAAGCACGAAGCCGUGGCCACGGUCCGGGGCCUGUUCGCCGACAUCCGGGUGCUGCUGAUGCGAGACAACCGCGUCAACCGGGGCGUGCUCGUCGAUGUGGGUCACCUGAAGAGGACGGAGUUGUUGCUUUAUGGGCAAGACAAUACGAAGGCAAUCGUCCCGCCAGCGCCGCAGUUUCACGCCCGGCUGGGCGACGCCUUCCUCCCCAACCUGGCCGUCGCGCUCCGCAGUCGCGCGGGCCGACGUCCCAGCGGCGAUCGUUCGGCCGACUACGUCCUCUCCGGCUACCUGGGCUACGACGGCGACUCGUUCGUCGUGACGCCCGCCUACCUGUCGGGACACGGGGUGCUGGCGCUGCGCGUGGACGAGGUGGACGUGUUCUACCCGACGGUGGCGGCGCUGAUGCUGCGAGCCAUCUACGAGGACGCCGCCUUCUACUCGCCCUCCUCGCUGACCAACUACACGGAGGAGUGCUUCAGCGAGUCCGUGUCCUUCGCGCUGGGAAGAUUCGUGGCGCCUCACGCGGUCCUGCCGUUCAUGGGAAGUCGCUGGGCGACGUUCUUCGCGUCGUUCCUGGCCCGACGCCGGGCGGCCGACGUCCAACGCCGAUUGGGAGAACGCGGCCGCGCGCACCUCUACUUCCGGCUCGCCUGCUUCCUCGGAUGCGGAGACGCCGCGUUGCGGGACACCUGCAACGACGUCGCCUACGCCAGCGACGACCUGGCGCUCUCGCUGGGCUGCCGCCGGGAGCGGAGCGUCAAGUGCGACUGCGGCCGCCUGGACAACUGCGAGACUCACGUGCCGCGACCGUAAAGAGGGAGAGGGAAAGAGAGAGAGAAUUCUGAGCACAAACUUACAGCGCAAGCACCUAAGACGAACCACAGAAGGAAGAUACGACAAACCUUUUGUGGUUCGUCUUAGGUGUUCGCGCUGUAAGUUUAAGUUCAGAAUUACGUAACAACUAAGCCGAAAUGGAGUGUUGGAGAAGUAGAAGACGGGAAAUUUCUGGCAGGGAGGUCAACCGGACGCACGUCCGGUUUGCUACCCUGCGCUGGGGGAAGGGGGCCGCGCGCGCAAAUCGGAGGACCGCCGCUUGCGAGGCGAUCGCCCGUUGAGCGAAGGCGACGCUGUAUAUAAAACCGCUCGCUAUACGGCGACCGUUCAGAUGGCGCGCGAAAUAAAUUACGCGACGUUCUCGCUGAUGAGAUUCUGUGGGCAAAGACGACGAUCGCUUCUAUGGAGUUGGAGAU